CACUCAGUAGAUCAACGGAACAAAAUGGCGGCCGUGGCUGCGGAGCCAGGAGCUGCGGUUCCGACCACAACACGGUCCGAGAGUCCGCCGGAACCCGGACCGUACAGCCCCGCACAUCACGAGAUUCCGGCGGAACCCAGCGACGACCCAGAAUCCAGUCCAGGCGGGAACCCAGAUAACGGAGAAUCCAGGGAGAGCCGCCAUGUUGGUCCGGAGCAGAACCCCGGGGCGGGACCGGUUUUACCCGCGACAGACAGAACCAUAGAGGAUCAGCUGGACCGGAGCGGGACCACAGAGGAUGUGUUGAACCGGAGCGGCGUCCACCCGGACCAAACCGCGACCACAGGCCUUUCGAACCUCCCGGUGGACUGCAGCGGUUCUGAGAGAGUCUUUCCCGGACUGCCGAACUCAGACAGUACCAGUACCUAUCAAACCAUUCCUCUGGACCCGCAACCCCCCGCAGUUUUUCUGCACUCGGUCCCGGACCCCGCUCCGGUCUCUGAGGCCGGAUUAUCUCUGGCCGAACCGGCAGAACCUACCGAGACCACAGAACUGGACCGGUGCUACACGAUUCUGGAGCAGGAGGAGUUGGUACCUGGACCUACGGAGGAUUCAGUUUUGAAUGAGAACUCAGAACCUGCAAACGGGUUCUGUAAGAGCUCAGCGAGACCGAAGGUCGAGGAUAGCUCUGGGUCGGAACCGAGUUCUGUGCUGGACCUGAAUCCUGGUACCGAGGUCCGAGUUAGCCUGGAGCACGUGAUCGAUGACGCGCUGGUGGUGUCGUUCCGGCUGGGGGAGCAGGUCUUCUCUGGGGUUCUGAUGGACGUGUCCAAAAGGUUCGGACCUUUCGGGAUUCCUGUCACCGUGUUUCCCAGACGAGACGACCGCUGCCGUCCCGCGGUGACUCAGCAGACAGCCGCCGCUAGCGACGGGCCGCGUACCGAGCUGGACGAGGCAGCCGCCCCCCAGCCAUGCGGCCCCAAGCCACCGCCGCUGUUCCAGGAGGGGGCGCCGUACCCACCGCCCCUGUUCAUCAGGGACACCUACCAGCAGGCCUUACCUCAGCCGCCGCCUCGCAAAAUCAAGAGGCCGAAGCGGCGCUACCGCAGCGAGGAGCCCACCUCCAUCAUGAACGCCAUCAAGCUCCGUCCCCGCCAGGUGCUCUGUGACAAGUGCAAAGGUGUGGUGACAUCAGGCGGCCAUCGGGAGGCGCGACGGGGGGAGGAGGCGACGCGACGGCGCCGGCCAGCGGAUGCUCCCAUGUCCUCAGAGUUGAAGCGUCUGAAGAUGGACGACCAGUCGGGGCGCAGUGCCGACAAGCGGUCGUCAGGGAUACAGGGGUCGCAGUCCUCACGUCGCGUCCUGAGAGGUGUGGACUCGUCCUCUUCCUCGACGGCAGCAUCCGGCCGGAUGCGCAUGCAACUGAACUCUAAGAAGGUUUUGACCCCGGCACCAGAACGGCCCGACGCCCGCAAGGUCCUCCAGAAGUUGACUCCGCACCGCCGGCCCAAAGAGCAGAACCAGGACUGUGGCAAGGCUGUGACCCGGGCCGCGGCGCUGCAGAACCACGGCCAGAAGGUCCACUUCACCCGACGCUUGCAGAACCCGGGCGGUGCCACCGUCCCUGCACCGCUGCCACCCAGAAUGCGCCUCAAACCUCAAAGGUAUCGUACCGAUGACCCGGCGCCGAGCUCCGCCUCUGAGGCGUCGCCCCGACCCGCUGCAAGCCCCACCCCCUCGCCGCCAGCUCCUCCCACCCCGCCCCCGGCUGCUGUCGCCAUUGAAACGAGUGACGGAGAGGCGCAGGAAGGAGCUGGCUGGCAGGAGGCGGAGCCUCCCCUGCCGUCCUCCUGCUCCCUAGACUCCUCCCACUCAGAGUGCAGCUCCACAGAGACCUUUGACCUCCCGCCCCCCGGGGACCCGCCCUCCUCUUCCUCUGCCCCUCUCCCAGCCCCACCCUCCUCUUUCGUUCCUCUGUGCACCCCGCUGGCGGGCGAGGACGAGGAGGACGGCGACCCGAAGCGCCGCAGGAAGUCGUCCACGUCCUCCUCCUCUUCGUCUUCGUCGUCCGUCUUCUCCAAGUCCGUAUCCAAGUGUCUGCUACCAGAUGGCCGCACCGUGUGCGUCGGCGACAUCGUCUGGGCCAAGAUCUACGGCUUCCCCUGGUGGCCGGCACGCGUGCUGGGCAUCACGGUGGCGCGCCGCGGCGACACGGGGCUGGCGGUGCGGCAGGAGGCGCGGGUCUCCUGGUUCGGCUCGCCCACCACUUCCUUCCUGCCGCUGGCGCAGCUCUCGCCUUUCCUCGAGACGUUCCAGUCGCGCUUUGACAAGAAGAGGAAGGGGCCGUACCGCCGCGCCAUUGCUGAGGCCGCUAGCGCCGCCAAGCAGCUGACGCCCGAGGUCCGUGCGCUGCUCACGCAGUUCGAGACGUAGCAUAGGCCCCGCCCCUAUUACACUGGCCCCACCUCUUUCAUUCACUGGGAGGAGCCAACCCAGACUAAUAAAGACUGUUUCCUGUGUGGAGAGGAGGGGAGGAGCCUCAGAGGGCAGGGGGGGUGCUUAAACUUCCACCUGAUCAGGUGGCAGCAUUUCAGCCUGCUGAUGUCAUUAUUUAUCUGGAGAUUCAGAGCGAUGAUUGGCUCACCAGGCUGACAUCAUGAUGACAUCACUCCUACCUGACUUGUUGUAAACACUAACCUCUCAUCAGGCUCCGUAAUGGUGAGGUCAUCGAUCAAAAUGGCUGACAGUUUUAUUUUUGUAUCUUUCGAUGACUCUCUUUCACCCCCUUCAGGUCUUAUUGGGGCUUGAAAUGCUGACACACUGACAUCACUUCCUGUUGAGUUUGACUGAAAAUAUUUGUACUUUAUUUUGAAGUUCUGUUUAGACAUUUAACUGUGAAAUUGAGUGUGGUCCAAACUGAGGCUGGGGUCCAGAACAUGGUCGGGAGUCGCACACUCCGGUCCCUAGUGUGCUUACAUCAUCGCAGCUGCGUUUGAUUGGCUCAAAUAGUCAGUUCAGUUCAUUGGUAAACUGGCUAUAAUCUGGCUCCCAACUGGUUCCCAGUAAGGUGAGUUCCAGUAAACAGGAAGUAGUUUUAGCCAAUCAGAUUGUCCGAUGUAGGUCUUGGAUCCUCCUGGUUUAUGUUCAGAGACGUUUGGAUGUCUCACUCCUUCUGUGUUUGGAGCCCUGAGCCUGAGUUCAUGGACCCGGGACAAGUGGGACAGGUAGGACACACUGACUGUUAGCCAGAAGAGGAUGAUGAAGGUGGAUCUUCUCUCUGCUGUGACUGUCGGACUCUUUUUACCGUCUGUUUGCAGAUCAGAGACUCUGACCAGUGUACAUGUCUUUCUGUUUGAAUCUGUUAAUAAACUGUCCAACUGCUCUUUAA